GCAAUGCUCUUCUCGCUGCGAGAACUGGUGCAGUGGCUGGGUUUCGCCACCUUCGAGAUUUUCGUGCACCUGCUGGCACUGCUGGUGUUCUCCGUGUUGCUGGCCCUGCGUGUGGACGGCCUGGCCCCAGGCCUUUCCUGGUGGAACGUGUUUGUUCCCUUUUUCGCCGCUGAUGGGCUCAGCACCUAUUUCACUACCAUCGUCUCGGUGCGCCUCUUCCAGGACGGAGAGAAGCGGCUGGCCGUGCUCCGCCUUUUCUGGGUCCUCACGGUUCUUAGUCUCAAAUUCGUCUUUGAGAUGUUGUUGUGCCAGAAGCUGGUGGAGCAGACUCGGGAGCUCUGGUUUGGCUUGAUUACGUCUCCUGUCUUCAUUCUCCUGCAGCUGCUCAUGAUCCGCGCCUGCCGGGUCAACUAGUCUUGGAGGACUUGGAAAAAGUUCUGGGUAGCUGACGUUAAGUUCUCUUUUCCAUCGCACCAGAGAACUCUGGGUCUGAAAGCAUGUCAGCUUGCCCCUGCUAAAUGCUCACUUUUAUGUACCAGUCAUGUCUGAAAUUAUCCCCUCAGCAGGGAUAAGAAGAGCAACUUUGAUCUUUAAAAUGUAUUUCCUGUUUUUUCAUACUUUUGAGUAGCUACUCAGAGAUUGAGAUCUUGGGAAGAGACUACCAACAUCUGACAGUGCUAAAAUCCUUUGACAGUUAGAAACCCCAUAGAAUUAAUAUGUACUAAUGGAGUUUGAGUGUUUUCAUAACUUCAUAAGUGUCCCACUUUGCAAGUUGCAAAACUGGACUGGGAAUUUCCUGUGGCCAGUAGCGUGGACCUAAAGAGCUCACUGUCCCAUAUAUCUAUCCAUCCGGACAAGACUUCCUUAGAUGCUUGAACUCCAAAAUGUAAACCAGCGUGUGUUUCCUCCCCUAUCCCUCUAGGAGGAUGACUCUUCAUUCCAGCCCAGCCAAGAGAAAUAUGGUGGAUAAGUAUCUCUGAGACUAUUUGAAAAUCUGUGGCCAGAGAAAAGAACUUUGUUAUCAAGUUGCUGCUUGGCCUCCUGUCCCAGCAGACUGCAGCAUCAUGACUUUCCCACCACCUUGUGGCUGGCACUGUUAGUACACCUGAGACAAAUAUAAGUGUUCCUAAAGGAUGACAGACAGUCCUCUGAUGCUCAUUGGCAUCAAAACUUUCAAGUGAGAAGUUUUUGGAUACCAGGCCCCCAUUUAUUGGCCUGAGGUUCAGUGUCAGACAGGUGCCAGAUGAAAACAACUUGCUGAGGUGAAAAUAAAAGAAUGUUUUGCUGAAACUCA